AUGAAGAAAAAAUAUUCUACAUCUUCUUAUUUGAAAAAUUCAUUAAGAUUUAUAGGAUUAAAUAGUGUUCAAGCUGGUGUUCAAUUUUGUUAUUCUACAAUUACCAGUGUAGCAAUUCCAUAUUUUGGAGUAAUUAAUAACAAAGAAGAAGAAAAUGGAGUUUAUGGGAUUGCUCAAAUUACAAUUGGAAUUUGUGGAUCAAUUGUUGGAAUGAUUAUAACAUUAUGUGUAUGUGGAUGGAGUGAUAGAUGUACUUUCAAAUAUGGAAGACGUAGAAUAUUUAUUGGUAUUGGGGUGUUAUUUGAAUGUAUUUCAAUAAUAUUCUUAAUUACUAGUGAAUUUACUUGUAAAUAUUGCCAUAUUGGUUAUUCACCUUCUUCUACAAAUGGAAUUGAUUGGUCAUCAAAUAUACUUGCAUUUAUUGGAUUAUCUUUUAUGUAUCUUGGAGCUAAUUUUAUGAGUGAACCUUCUCAUGCAUUAAUACCUGAUUUCUUUAAUUAUAAAAAUCAACAAAUUGCUUAUUUUUAUAGUGCAGCUUUAGGUGCAAUUUCAGGAUUUGUUUGUAAUGUAAUUGGAGGAAUAAUAUUACUUACAAGAUGUGGUUAUUAUUAUUCAAUAAUCUUUAGUAUAUCAUUUAUUGUAUUAUUAAUAAGUUUUAUUCCAACAUUAAUUGUUGCUGAUGAAGAAAAAUUUAUUCCACCUGAUGAAGACUUUUCUUUUAAACGGUUUAUUCUUGCACCUUUUAUUAAUACUUAUCAUGGAAUUAAAGAAAUAACAAUUGAAUUAAUAAUAAUUUAUAUUCUUUUAAUGUUAUCAUGGAUUGCCUAUUAUCCUGCUUCAUUUAAUAUGACAAUUUAUUAUGCAAAAGAUAUUUUUCAUAUAAAUAAUCAAACAAAUCCUAAAUUCUCUACUGCAAUUUCAAUAGGAAUGUUUAGUACUGCUUCAUUUUGGUUUAUUCAAGUUAUUUCUCCUUUUGUAUUACCAUUAUUUGAAAAAUGUUAUGGAAAAGUUCGUUUAUAUUUUAUUUCUAAUAUUUUUGCUGUUUUUUCUUAUGCAAUUCUUUCUAUUGCACCUUCUAUUAUUAGUAAGAAUGUCGCUUUUAAUCCUUCUGUUACUGAUAUUUUAAUUAUUUCUUCUUGUUUUAUUGCUCAUCAAAUUACUGCUUUUCAGUUUGUUGAAAUGAAUUCUUUACCUUUUUCAUAUAUGAAAAAAUUAGUUUCAUCACAUUCUUAUGCAACUCAUCUUGGUUUAAUUAAUGUUUUUAUUACUUUUGGACAAAUUAUAUCUUUAUUACUUGCAGCUGGGUUAUUACAAAUAGACGUUUGGACAAUUAUGGCAUUUAGUUCUGUUUGUUUUUUAUUUGUUUCAUUACUUUCCACACUUUUAUUCUUUGUCGAUAAGAAAGUAGACAGUCUUCUUCAUCAAGUGAUGAAAUUUGAAAAUGAAACAACAACACCUAAUUUUAUUUUUGAAUAA